AUGUCAAAUCGAUUAGAACAAGUAUCUACUAAACUAAAUAAAUUAGAUCAUAUUGAAAGGAGACUUAAUGAACUGGAACGGAAUGUCAACACAGAGGUAAAAGAAAUGAAGGGCAAGGUCAACGGGGUGGAAGAGUGUGUGACACAUAUAAGUAAACAGUACGAUGAUCAAACGAGGGAAGUCAAAGAAAUGAAGAAAUCUGUUAGUAACAUAAGUAACGAAAAUGAAAUGAUCUUGAAUGAAUUAGAAAUGGCGAGGAAUAAAUUCGAGGAUUUGAACGAACGCAACUUAGAUCUACAAACCAGAUCGAUGAGAGACAACCUCGUAUUUAGUGGUAUUCCGGAGACUGAAGAGGAAAAUACAGAAGAAGUACUGAAAGAGUUCAUACGUGCAAAAAUGAAUUUCACAGAAGUUCCACAGUUCCACAGGGUACAUCGAAUGGGGAAGAGACUACCGGAUAAACACAGACCAAUCGUCGCAAAGUUCGUGCUGCAUAAAGAAAGAGAAAAAGUAAGAAAGGCCGCUCCAUCAAGCCUAGAGGGAAAGGGAUUUGGCGUUUACCAGCAAUUUCCCAGGGAAAUUAACGAGCGCAGGAAAGUUCUAUAUCCUCACUGCAAAAAAGCGAAACAACAAGGGAAGAAGGCUGUGAUGAUUGUGAACAAACUUAUCAUAGAUAGCAAACAAUUCUUUCCACCAAUUGGCAAAUUCGUGGCUGAUCCAGGCUCCAAUAAAGUUCCGAUGUAG